CUUCGCCCUGGAUCACUACAGAGGAGAGGACUUCCAUCUUUCGUUACAUCUCCAGUAAGGAACAUCCAUAGGAACCCACGUACUGUCGGAGGCAACAGCACAUCAAGUGCAUAUUGCAGGAUCUUUGUGGCCCAUAUCCCAAAGCGGAUUGGACAGUGUUAUUGAAAAAUGGGUACGACGUGUUUAACGAUUUUACUGGGGUGCCUGGUCUAUGCCCAGGCGCAAUUCCCCCGGGUUCCGCAGCAACCUAACCAACCCAAUAACCCAGGAGGUUUCCCAAAUCGGCCAAACAACCCAGGAGGUUUCCCAAAUCAGCCAAACAACCCAGGAUUCCCGAAUCAGCCGAACAACCCAGGAGGUGGAGGAUGGCCCAACAAUCCUGGAGGAGGGCAGCCAGGUGCAGGUGGUCCUGGAUUCGGUGCAGGUGGUCCUGGAUUCGGUGCAGGUGGAAACCCUCAACAGCCCGGAGCCCCCUUGGCUGGCUGUCUACCAGGGUGGACUAACUUCGGAAACUUUUGCUACAAGUACAUCUGGCAGAGGCUACCUUACGAUGAAGCCAACAUGUUCUGCGCCCGUUUCUCCGCACAGGCCGUCCCCGGCCAACGCCCCGGCUUCGGCAUGCCUCCUCGCGGUCAUCUCAUCGUCACAAAGGAUAUGAUGCAUAACAAAUUCCAACACAACUGGCUGAGAUACACCGGUGGUGGCGCCAACAAAAUCUGGAUGGGUCUCGCCGAGCUGCCGUCCGCCCCCGAAAGCAACCGAUACUUCUGGGCUGAUGGAACCGAAUUCUUUUUCACACGCAAUUUCGUCUUCAACCGCUUCAAGCCCGACCAACCGCAGCAGAACGCUCACCGUCAAGCGGUACACAGCUUCAACAACCGACCGGAUAACUCUUGGGUAACGACCAGCGUCGAAACGGAGGUAUCCUUCAUCUGCCAAUACCAAUACAAAUAUUAA